GAUAGUGAUAAAAAAAAAUAAAAAUUGAGCGGUGUUGUGAUAAGGAAUUGCAUGUUUUUGCGCAAAUUUUAAUUUUUUACUUACAUUUUUCUCACAUUGUAAAAAUUAUUGUUACCGUAGCAAGUAUUGCUUUUCAAUUAUUAUUCAUCGCUAUUGUAUCUUCAUUCGAAAACUUGUAAAAGCUCAGAUAUUUCACUUGAGUGACAUUUCAAUGUAAAUCAGUAUCUUCGAAAGUUCUGUAUCUGCGUAACAUGCACUGUAACGAUGUCGUCAAUUCAAUGAGUUCUAUUACGAUAAAUAACGCUGCAUUACUACACAUAUCGUUUUUAAUAUACCAGAUUUCUUGGCUACCCACUACGUGACAACCAGACGAAAUUUCAAAUCAAAUUCACGAUGGCUGUGACAUUAAACGAUAGAAAAAUCUGUCCUUUCAUGAGGAACAUCAACAACAUCAGGAAUAUAUGUAUUAUGGCCCAUGUCGAUCAUGGAAAAACCACGUUAGCAGAUUCAUUGAUCGCCAGCAAUGGUAUAAUUUCUCCUCGUUUGGCUGGUAAACUUCGAUACAUGGAUAGUCGUAAAGAUGAACAAGAACGUGGUAUUACGAUGAAGAGUAGUUCCAUAUCUUUACUUCAUAAAAAGCAAGGAGACGAGUACUUGAUAAAUUUGAUCGAUUCUCCUGGGCAUGUUGACUUCUCAUUGGAGGUUUCCACAGCUGUGAGAUUAUGCGACGGAGCUUUGAUUAUGGUCGACGUUGUGGAAGGAGUUUGUGCUCAAACACGUGUAUCUUUAAAACACGCUUGGGCGGAAAAAAUCAAACCUUUAUUAGUGCUGAAUAAAAUCGAUCGUCUUAUAACGGAAACCAAGAUGGCUCCUAUGGAUGCUUACGUUCAACUGAUGCAAAUACUCGAACAGGUUAAUUCGAUCAUGGGUGAUCUUUUUCGUAGCGACGUGAUGGAAAAGAGCGAAGAGACUAAAAGCGAAAAUAUUUCAAAAACUGAUGAUAUCACUGUAUCCGAUUGGAGUUCGGGCUUGGACGACGCGGACGAUUCUAAUUUAUAUUUCUCUCCGGAAGAAGGCAAUGUGAUUUUCGCUUCUGCUAUCGACGGAUGGGGUUUCACAUUGGACGAUUUCGUUGAAAUUUUCGCCAAAAAACUAGGUUUCAGUACAGCUGUGCUGCGUAAAACGUUAUGGGGUAAUUAUUACCUUAAUUCUAAGACCAAACGUGUUAUGAAAGGAGCUCAAGAGAUGGCCAAGAAACCCUUAUUCGUGCAACUCAUAUUGGAGAAUAUUUGGUUAUUUUACGAUACAAUAACAACUAAGCGAGAUAAAGACAAGACGACACAUAUGAUCGAAAGUCUGAAUAUCGAUUUGAAACCGCAACUGUUACGUUUCAACGAUCCAGUAACUUUAUUACGUAAUAUUUUUGGUAAAUGGUUACCGUUAUCUCGAGCUAUUUUAAAUUCAGUCUGUACUAAACUUCCAGCACCCAAUAAUCUAUCUGAAGAGAAAAUCGAUAACCUCAUGUUCGGUUCGAAACAAAUAUUUUACGACGAAGCUUGCGCAGAAACUUUAGCCUUGAAGUCGUGUUUCGAUAAAUGUUCCCAAGAUGAAAACGCUCCUCUAAUAGUUUUCAUUUCUAAAAUGUUUCCUGUUGAGAAAAAACACUUGCCGGAAAAUAGAGUGAAACCGCUCACUUUGGAGGAAAUCAAUCAAAGACGUGAACAAGCUAAGCAAAGAUUAGCUGCCUUAGCCCAAAGUGAUCAGUCUAACGGACCCGUCGAACCAGUUGAAGAUGAAAAACCAGAUUCGAGUUGCGACGAAACAUUCAUAGCUUUCGCUCGAAUUUACAGCGGGCGUAUUUUCAAAGGCCAAAAAGUAUACGUUUUGGGGCCAAAACACGAUCCCAAUAAAGCCCUGAAAAAAAUCAAGGAUGGAUACCAAAUUAAUCCGGAUGCAACUCUGAAGGAUUUAAAGUCCGACGAACAUAUAACUCAGGUGGAAAUCUCCCAGCUGUAUUUAUUAAUGGGUCGAGAGCUCGAACCACUUGAUGAAGUGCCUGCUGGUAACGUAUUUGGAAUCGGUGGUCUAGAAGAACACGUUCUAAAAAGUGCCACCUUAGCGAGCGAUGUAGCUUGCCCAGCAUUCAGCGAUCUUCACGUUAUGGCUACUCCUAUUUUACGAGUAGCGGUUGAACCUGAAAACCCGGCCCAGUUGUCGCAGCUCACGCAAGGUCUGAAAUUACUCAAUCAAGCCGAUGCCAGUGUCCAAGUUCUGGUACAAGAAACCGGCGAACACGUGUUGAUCACUGCUGGAGAAGUUCAUCUGCAACGAUGUAUCGAAGAUCUUCGCGAAAGAUACGCGAAAAUUCCGGUGCUCGUUUCGGAACCAAUUAUACCAUUUCGUGAGACCGUUGUACCUCCUCCAACUGUUGAUAUGGUUAAAGAAGCCAUAACUCGUAAUACCACGAAACAAAGUAACGCCGAAGAUGGCAUUGUAACCAUAAGCACAUCUAAUGGCUCAUGUACCAUCAAGAUCAAAGCUAUACCUUUAUCAAACAAUGUGAUCCAAGUAUUGGAAAAAAAUACGGAGCUGAUAAAAUUUGUAACCGCUUCUGUCAGUUUAAUGAAACAUCAAGACACCGAUCUAACAUCGAAACUAUCCGAACUGAAUAUCGAAUCUAAUGAUUCCGAUGUGAAAUCUUCGAACCACGAAAUCAAAGGCUUAUUAGAAUUGAAAACUAAACUCAUGGAAGCAUUUAAAACUGAUCCAUUAACAGCAAAUGAUAUUACAGUCGAUGACAUCUGGAGUUUCGGGCCGAAAUCCUGCGGACCCAAUAUUCUAUUCAAUAUAUCGUCAACGGCUGACUCAAAAUUCUCAUUCUGGUCAAAUUUACAAAAACCUGGCGAUAAUCUGUACGCCAAGUACGAGAGUAGUUUCCUCGGUGGUUUCCAAAUAGCUUCUCUUUCUGGUCCACUUUGCGAAGAACCCAUGAUGGGAGUAGGGUUCGUUAUCUACGACUGGAAUAUCUCUGAAGACGUCACUACAUCUAUAAAUACCCCUUAUGGACCGUUUUCCGGCCAGCUUAUGUCUACAGUGAAAGAAGGCUGUCGUAAAUCCUUCCAAAUGCAACCUCAAAGACUGAUGGCAGCGAUGUACACUUGUAAUAUCUUAGUCAAUGCCGAAGUUCUCGGUAAAAUGUACGGUUUACUUAAUAAAAGGCACGGUCGCGUAUUACACGGUGAUUUAGCUCAAGGAUCCGCAGCUACGUUCACCAUAACUGCCUAUUUACCAGUAGCCGAAAGUUUUCGGUUUGCUUCUGAAGUGCAUAAACAAACUUCUGGAUUGGCGAAUCCUCAGCUGGUGUUUAGUCAUUGGGAAGUGAUCGAUUUGGAUCCUUUUUGGACCCCAAAUACCGAAGAAGAGUAUUUACUCUAUGGAGAAAAAGCGGAUUCUGAAAAUUAUGCCAGAAAUUAUAUGAACAAGGUGAGGAAAAGGAAAGGACUGCCUACUGACGAGAAGGUAGUCGAAUAUGCUGAAAAACAGAGAACUCUGUCAAAAAAUAAGUGAUAUUUUUUUGUAUUCUGUGUGUUUUUUAAACAUAAAUUUCCUGUCAUUUGUUUUAUAAAUUUGUAAUCCAUGUUGCAUUAAAUUUUUCUUGAUGAUUAAAAAAUUGUUGUUUUUCUUCUGUUUGGAAAAUCAGUCGAAUAAUAUUGAUCAAUGUUAGUUUCUUUUCAGAAUUAUUAUGGACUAGGAAAAAUUGAAGUUCUCAAAACACCAAGUUGAACAGAAAAAUCUUUUAAUAAAAAUAUUCAAAAUUUUUUAAUAACAUUCCAUUAACAAUAACAAAGAAACUUUUACAAAAUGAGUAACCUAUACGAACAGGUGUUUUGUACUUGAAUGAACAAAAACUUCGAUCGAUAUAAUUAUAAAAAUAAGGAAAAAUAAAUACAUAUUCAUAGGCAUACAAAAAAAGAAAAAAAUAUAAGGCACAUUAACUAGCUCUGCAUUCUAACUGCGAAGAUUCUUCAGAAGAAGAACCACUAUUACUAAUAAACAUAACAUCUAAAUCAUCUUUUUUCAUUCGUUUAUGAUUUUUUUCAGCUGCUAAAUCAAGAUCACGAACCACUUUUUCAUUAACCUUACCAUCCUAUAGACGAAAAAAAAAAAAAAUUAAACAGGGAAAAUUAAAGAUCAACAAACUUUCAGUGUAAAAAAUGAGCAUUAAAAUAAACGUACUUCUGGCUUGGGCGUCCAUAUUCGAACAACAGGUUCAAUACCACUUGAUGCUAAUAAACAAUAGUAAGGAUGUGGUUGGAGGCAAUUCACAAUUGACGAAUCGCCUUUCAAAAUACGAAUAUUAUUUUCGGUAAAACGAUCCCAAAAGAAUAUCGAGCCGUCAUCCGAGCCAGCUACAAUGAAUCGUC